AUGGACAAGGCGACCCUCUUGACUGCUUCCAAGGUGGAGCUCUCCGUUUCCGCCCAUCCCCGCUCCGAUAUCAUCAGGUUGCUUGGCCCGGCUCUAGAAAUUGCGCUUCGGUUCCAGAGCCUCGUCAGUUCCGUCUCUAUCUUCCUUUGCCUCCGCGCAUGGCUUCUCACGAGCACCACCUUCGCCGGUGUCCUCUAUGCGAGCAGAAUCGUGGCCCUGAAGGCCUGUCUUGCAACAAAGUUUAGUGCAUCUCACGGCUUCAACAUGUCCAGCAAAGCAGUCGUUGGUGUGUGGAACUCGAAAAGCAUCCAGAGGCUACGAAAGAAGCUCUGGUACGAAUUCGCCGUAUUCGUUCUCGGAAGUGGCAACAUGGUCUUCCUUAUGCUUUUCUGGCCUGGGUGGUGGCUGCUCGCAGGCGCAUGCUGGGCUGUCUGGAUGCUCUUCGGCUGA